GCCGGAGCGGGGCGCGCGCAGCAUGGCGGAAGCGGAAGGGAGUUCUCCGCUCCUGUUACCGCCGCCGCCGCCCCCUCCCGGGAUGGCGGAAGUGGAAGCGCCGACGGCGGCCGAGACGGACAUGAAACACUACCACGGCUCCGGCGGCGUUACCAUGGACGUGGAACGGAGUCGCUUCCCCUACUGCGUGGUGUGGACUCCCAUCCCGGUGCUCACGUGGUUUUUCCCCAUCAUCGGCCACAUGGGCAUCUGCACGUCCACUGGAGUCAUUCGGGACUUUGCUGGCCCCUAUUUUGUCUCGGAAGACAACAUGGCCUUUGGAAAGCCUGCCAAGUACUGGAAGCUGGACCCUGCCCAGGUCUACACCAGCGGGCCCAAUGCCUGGGACACGGCUGUGCAUGACGCCUCCGAGGAGUACAAGCACCGCAUGCACAAUCUCUGCUGCGACAAUUGCCACUCACACGUGGCGCUGGCCCUGAACCUGAUGCGCUAUAACAACAGCACCAACUGGAACAUGGUGACACUCUGCUUCUUCUGCCUGCUCUAUGGGAAGUACGUCAGUGUUGGGGCCUUCGUGAAGACCUGGCUGCCCUUCGUCCUCCUCCUGGGCAUCAUCCUCACCGUCAGCCUGGUCUUCAACCUGCGGUGAUGGCUGCCAGCCAGCCCCAAGGAGCCCGCGCCCCCUUCGCCGGCGGACCCCUUCCCUCACUCCCAUGAUGGCUGCUACGGGGGGCCGGGCUGGGCCGGGCAGCUGGGAUGGGUGCUCCUUGUGUCUCACUGGCUGCUCCUCCUCCCCAGGCGCAGGCCCCUGCCCGUGAGGCUCCCUCCUCUUCCCUCCGGAGGGCCUUCCUUCCCACACAGCUCCCGCCACUGCCACACCCAGGGCCCGGUGCAGACAAGGAGAGCGGGACCCUGCUGGCUAGGAGCCUGCCUCCUGCUGUGUCCCGGGCGGGGGGGGUACCCCAGGGUCUGCUCCAAGUUCCCUGGAGGCUUCCCAAGGCCUCCUUCGAUGUCUGACUGAGCUACCCGAGGGUACUUGCGCCCCACCUCCCGGUGUCCUCCGGCUGGCAGCACCCAUCCCCUACUCCUAGGGCUUCCAGCACUCGGGCCCAGCCCAAGGGGGGUUUGUGCUCAACAUGGCAGCUCCCCGGUCCCGCAUGCGGGUGGCCGGUCAGCAGCCAGUGCCAUCGGAGUGGAGGGAGCCGUUGCUUGGUGUCAGAAAGGGCCCUGUGCUGCCCUCUGCCCCUGCUCCAUGGGCCCCUCGGAAGGGGCUUCCUGGUAGGAAAUAAAGAGUUUUUGAGUCUG